UGGAGCGCGGAGGCGGAGCGCGUCCCGCGACGCUCCGACGCAGUAGUCGGUCGAGCAAUGCCCCGGCCGGUCGGGUGCGCGCGUCGCGGCUGAGAGAACGAGGACAGGGGCGCUCGAGGGAGAGGACGCGGGAUCGCUUCUGUCGGCGCUGAGCGCGAUGAGGCACGCGGUUUGCUCGGCGCGACGCUCCGCUUAACGAGGCGCGCUCGGCCCGGCGUCGUGCGUCCUGUCGUCUCGCGUCGCCUCGCGUCCGACGGAGUGAGUAGAGUGCGUACGCGCGAGAGCGCGCAGGAUGGCCGUGGAGCCGCGCGUGACCGGGAACGCGAAGCCCCUGGUGCCGCUCUUCACCAAGGCGUCCGACUGCGUCAACACCAGCUGCUACUGCGAGGAAAACGUGUGGAAGCUCUGUCAGGACGUAGCGACCAGGCAUCCUGCCGAAUUGCAACAUUGUCACGUGGUUUUCGUCAGCAACCCACGGCGAAGCGUCCCCCUCUGGCGUCAACGGUCGGGGAAGGACGAGGACAAAUUAGUCGUGUGGGAUUACCAUGCCAUUCUCAUCUACGCGCCCGACGAAAGGGCGGUGGUGUACGAUCUAGAAAGCUGCCUGCCGUUCCCCACGCAUUUCUGGAAGUACGCGACCGAGACCUUCCGCUCCGACGAGGCGCUGCGGCCCGAGUAUCACAGACGAUUCCGCCUGGUGCCCGCCGGCGUCUACCUGCAGCAGUUUGCGUCGAAUCGGCACCACAUGAAGCGCAAGGACGGCACUUGGAUCAAAACGCCGCCUGAUUAUCCGCCGAUUUCCACGCCAACCUGCAAGGAUAAUCUCGACUCAUUCAUCAACAUGGAGCCAGGCACCGGAUUAGGCGUUGUAAUGAGUUUGAAGCAAUUAGUUAACCGAUUUUAUAGGCCAAAUGUCAACACACCGGCGCCGACGCCGCCUCAGGCGCAGGCCACGGCGACUUAGAUGACGCGCGGUCGCGACGCGACGUUCGUACGCCUCGCGAUUAGAACAUCCUGCAAAAAUCAAUUGUAUUGGCCUAAAGGGAAAUCGGUUUGGCGCGGUGCGCGCACCUUCGUGGGCUAAAAUACUCUGAUCGAAAUUUGAUAAUAAUGUUAGUUAAUUGCCGCUAACUCUAUGGCAGAAUUUCAAGUAUAAAGAUGUUGCAUUGCUAUUUGAGCGGGGUCUGCUCGGGAGCCGAGUCGGAGCCGAGGUGGUUCUUAGCUGAAUUGAAUUUGUUAUACUUCGCGUUGCGGCACUUUCGUUACACCGCGAGCGCGAAACGUUUCUUAGGUAAUUCAGAUUAGUUCGUCGAUCGUUAUAUCCAUUAUUUUCUCGUCCCUCUCAGUGGCGACGCGCCAACUUCGCGCGCGAACCCUCGGGUGAGCAUGAAAGACCGACGAGAACAUUUAUCAAUGCAAGUACCAAUUAUUUAUCUGUUAUCAUUAACCGAGAUACGUGCCGGUUCUAGAUAGAAAGAUUUAAGAGUCUCAUGUUUUAUCCACAAUCAAAACCUAUAUAUAUAUGGUAUAUCGAUAAUAAUGCAGAAACACGCACUCCUUGCAAUAUUAAUAACGGGAUUUGACGUCUUAUCCUCCAGUCGAGCGAUUUGGCUUGCCGCGCAUGCGAGGAACGAUUCCGCUGAGCUGCUUUUUGAAUAACUCUCGAUAAGUGCUUAUGCAUCGUAUUAAUGGACUCCAUCGAAAAAUCCAUUUUUCUCUCUUCUAACUAAAGAAAAAGAAAAAAAGUCCCCCUCGCAAAGUUUAUCCGGAGGGAUGCUCUUCUCCCUCCCCAUCCUCGUCCCUUCCCGGCCAAUGUAGCACAUCAGCAUCCGAACCUUUCUGAACUCGAGUCGUAUUUUAUACAUAUAAGUACUUUCGUCUCUCCAUGCCAUACAGCGAUAUCUCUCACGGCUUUCUUCUGUCAGUGGUGUUAUUAUAAUUAUUGUGUCAAAGACUGAUGUAUUUACAGAGAGUUAUCCGACUUGAUAGAGAUCCCUUUGUCUAUCGGCGCGUGCUCGAAGCGCGGGACGCGAUUAAAAGCGCUUAUAAUUACUGUGCGAUCGAUGUAGUAAGGUCAAGAACUUAAUCUCUGCGACGUAACGUAAUUAUUACGAUUAUUGUAAUUCUUGUGAUACUUUACACUUUCUACUUUGAAUAUACCUACGCUAUACUUACCUACUGUUUAUACUAAAAAGCCGAUUCUUAAGAGAUACAUGUUCGCUUGUUGAGCCGCUUCCCUAUAAAUUGGCGUAUUUCACUCGAAUGAAUACGCGACAUCGUCACGCGACCAAUUGUUAACAUCGAAGAACCUGUUGACUCAACGAACGCACGUCGCUUUAGUGACGAUGGGAACAAGUUUUACAACGAAAUGCUUUCAAUUUCUCCACCCGUUCCGCAAAUAAGAUCAGCGAGAUAUGUUCUAUCCGUUAAGAUUUAACGUCUCGUAGAGCUUUUCUUUUUAUUUUACACAGAGAUGUCGAAUAUUUUAUUAAGUCGUUUGACUUAUUACCUCACGCUCGAGACUUUAUCGAGCGUUUACUUUUCCGGAUUUGCGAUUGACCCUUUGCGAUUCAAGUUCCCGAAUAAGUAAUGCGCGUUUAAGAAAUGCGUUCGCCAUUAUGGAACAGCCUUGAUACAUCAGAAUAGCCAGUUAACUUGGAUGUAAGUGCAAAAUAAGUGUAAAAUGCCCGCCACCUCCGAUCAGCAUGAUGUAACCUUGGAACGCAAAGGGUUAAAUCGCGUGUUAUGUUAGGCGCAUUUUAUCAGAUGCGACAGCCUUGAAAGUUCAGCCUUUGUGCGGACUUUCUUCCCUCGACCCUCGCGUACUUAAUAUUAUUUAAUAAUGGUGACGAUGUGGUACGCAAGUUCUCUCUAUAUUAUUUAAUAAUGGUAACGAUGUGGAGCCCAAGUUCUCCAUACUUGAGAAAUAUAUGCAUAUAUAUCUGUCCUGACUUCGUUAUCAGUUGCUUUAUUCGGACGAGUGCAACGGGGAAGUUUAUCAACAAGCAAUUAUUAUCGAACUAUCGACCCGACGUGUCGGUGCCGCGAGUCGCGUGUCAGUCGUUCGCGAGAAGACCGGGCCGGGUCGAUAGUUUUAAGAGUUCGUCCACUCUUUGCCUUCCAAAGUUCUCUCACUAGUUCACUCUCUACCUUUCUCAUUGACACAUGUUUACCUCCAGUUCGCAUAUAUCAUAUUACUACGAGCGUACGUACUUGUGAGCGGGGGAGUUUACGGUUUCGAAGUAUCUAGUCACCGAAAAUCGCUUUAGUGUAAAUUUGCGCGACGACAGCAGUCUCCGCGACAGGUUUCUUUUAACUGGGAACGCGCAACGCGUGGAAAAUUCGGGACCGAUCUUCUUAGCGAGUAAUCUCGAGGUACUUUAUCAAAAGACAAAAAUACCGAAAAAAAAAGAUUCUCUUUAUCGUUCAGACAAAGAUAUUGCUAAAUAUAUCAGAGCAGAACUAUUACGAUUAUGAUAUAUAUAUAUUGUACACAUAUACAUAUAUAUCGAUAUUUCAUAUUUAUUAUACAGAUAUAUUGUAAUUAUAUUGUAUCGAUUUCGAUACACCGAUAAGAGUUUAGUCGGAAAUGUUAACUUAUACAAUGUUUUAUAUAUAUACAUAUAUAUUAUAUAUAUAUUUGUCGGCGUUCGGUGACAUAUUCUCUUACCACAUUGUCAUUUGCGACCUGUAAACGCCUGGACUUAAACAUCAUAAGUCUAUUGCCACGUUUUCGCAUAUUUGCAGAGAAUCAUGAAAACUUCUUUACGACCUUCUCCUUUCGAGUAUAUGAUGGGUUAUUACAAUAAAUGGAUGCACUCCGUUCGUCUAA